CAUUUGCUUUUUUGUUUUGAAACUUCUCAAGUCAUAGUAAUAAAAUCGAAAGGAUCGAAAUAGUCAUUUUAGGACUUAAAGCCAGAUUAAAAUUUAUAAAUAAAAUGUUAAAGUUACUAAUUUUGUCAACGGCGUUAAUAUUAGUUAGCAAGUUUGAAAGUACAACAAGCUUCAAAUGGAUUCCUCUAAAAUCCGGCGAUCCAAUGCCCAAAAACGCCAUUCGUUUGGAUUCGAAUUUCAAUAAAUACGUUGGACGAAUAGAAUACUUAAACACCCUGCAGCUGGCCGAAAUCCACACGGACUCCGAUUCCGAAAACAUCACCCAAGGCGUCCUAAUCCUCUAUUCCAACGAAAUAGUUCGCCAUCAAUUUGAAGUUCUCACUGCUACCGAACACUGUGAAUGGUUGUGGUAUGAUAAAACCAAUGUUCCCGAAAAUAUUGUCCGUGGUGGGACUGCUUGGAAUUUGGAACCAGCAUUUAUUUCCAAAAGACAAACAUCUUAUGAUGUUGGAAUAGCAUCGAUUUUCCUAACAUCAGAUAAAAUACAAUCAAGUCCAAAAUAUUCCGAAGGCUAUACGUAUGCUUUGAUUUGUGCUGAAAACAUUACAUGGGUGGAUGCUACAUCGAUGAGUGUUCCUUCGAAUAGUGUACGAGCGGGGGAGGAUAAUGGAAAUCCUAUUUAUGUGGCACGACUUUUGGGACCUCUAUCACAUGUGCCUGGGAAUGUUGUGCCCGGUCUGAAUAAGACUCUUGUUAUUUUCAAGGACUAUGAAUUGAAUUCAUUUAAUGUACAAGUUCUUGUCGAGGAGUCUGAGGAAUAUAGUUGGCAAAGAAUGCAAGCUGGUCAGGGAAUUCCCGAUUAUGCUGUGGUUUGCGGAAUAUCGGAGAGAAAUGAUUUGAUGUAUGUGGCAAAAAUAGAUAUCGUUUUUCCAAUAUUAUUCUCCGAAACUAGGAAUGUUACUUUUUUUGAUAUUUUAGUUAAGAAUGUUAAAUAAAUCUCAAGAAGUAUUCUAUUUUGGAAUAAGCUUAAA